AUGUCUUCACCGGUUGUUGUUCUUGUUCAUCGCCACAAGAGUACCAUCUUCUUCUUCUUCUUCUUCCUCUCCUACCUCUUCUUCUCCGUUCAUGGCUUAACUGGAGGUUCAUCUCUUUCUGUAGAAAACACCAACGACAUUUUAGUUUCGCCAAAUGGGGUUUUCACAGCCGGUUUUCAUCAAGUCGGAUAUAAUGCUUAUUGCUUCUCUGUGUGGUUCACGGUUCAACCCACGUCAGGGGGUCCCACUGUGGUAUGGAUGGCUAACCGAGAUGCACCUGUAAAUGGAAAAUACUCGAAGCUUUCAUUAUUCAAAGAUGGCAAUCUUGUCUUAAUAGACGCCGGUCAAUCGAUUAUUUGGUCAACCCACACAAAAUCAACAUCUUCUUCGUUUCUAUUGCAACUUAAUGACACAGGUAACCUUGUUCUUUAUGAAGGAGAACAACUUCGUUGGCAAAGCUUUGAUCAUCCAACAGACACCCUUCUUCCAGAUCAACCCUUAACUAAGAACAAACUACUUAUAUCUUCAAGAAGCGCUACUAAUUACUCCUCUGGUUUCUAUAAGCUCUUUUUCGACCUUGAUAGCAUUCUUCGCAUUCGUUACGAAGGUCCAGAAUCAACUAGCAUCUACUGGCCUGAUCCCGAAUCUCUAGGUAGGGAAGGUGGAAGAAACCAGUACAUAAACAAUCAAAAAGCGAGCCUUGAUUCCGAGGGUCGAUUCAACUCAUCAGAUGGUUUUGUAUUUGUAUCGGCUGAUUUUUGGGAUUGGACCCCAACGAAUGAUGAGGAUUGA